GAGCUUAAGCAGCCGGUGAUGGCGGCAGCAGCCGUGGAGUCUGCGGCGGGUCCGGGCCCAUGAGGCGACGACGGAGGCGGGACGGCUUUUACCUAGCGCCUGACUUCCGACACAGGGAAGCUGAGGACAUGGCAGGAGUGUUUGACAUAGACCUGGACCAGCCAGAAGAUGCAGGCUCUGAGGAUGAGCUGGAGGAGGGGGGUCAGUUAAAUGAAAGCAUGGACCAUGGGGGAGUUGGACCAUAUGAACUUGGCAUGGAACAUUGUGAGAAAUUUGAAAUCUCAGAAACUAGUGUGAACAGAGGGCCAGAAAAAAUCAGACCAGAAUGUUUUGAGCUACUUCGGGUACUUGGUAAAGGGGGCUAUGGAAAGGUUUUUCAAGUACGAAAAGUAACAGGAGCAAAUACUGGGAAGAUAUUUGCCAUGAAGGUGCUUAAAAAGGCAAUGAUAGUGAGGAAUGCUAAGGACACGGCCCACACGAAAGCAGAGCGGAACAUUCUGGAGGAAGUGAAACACCCUUUCAUUGUGGACCUGAUUUAUGCCUUUCAGACCGGAGGAAAGCUCUACCUCAUCCUCGAGUAUCUCAGUGGAGGAGAACUAUUUAUGCAGUUAGAAAGAGAGGGAAUAUUCAUGGAAGACACAGCGUGGCCUUGGGUGGACCGCUCUUCACUGCAGAAUUUCCUUGAAUUGACUUUCCAGUUCCCAAGGUGCAGUCUUAGGGAGGUGAUAACCCUGAACAUACAUCUGUGGAUUGAUUUUAUAGCCAGGAUGGGAUCUGCCCUCCUAUUCGUAAGAUGGCAUCUGCUUCAAAUUAAAAAUAUACACAUCCUUUUGUGAAGUGACUGUAUUGGGUAACAAUAAAUCAGUUUGACCUACACAUUAAUUGAUUAGAAAACACUUAAAUGUUUUUUCUAUCUUAAUUACCAAACUGCAUUCCAUUGUUUAAUUUCAGGCCUUUUCUAACACAGAAGCUGCAUUUAAGAGCCUUAGGGAUGAAGUGCCCCUUUUUGGAGGAGGCUCUCUGAGCCCUGUGGAGGCUGUGGUCCUGCUAGCUGUGAAACUGCCUCAGUCCUCUAGGACACACCCUCCAUCCUGGAGUAAUCUGCAGGAUUGCAACAUUGUUACACAGCCAGUAUUGCAGUGCUUUGUGCUUUUCGAAUCCAGACAGGGUUGAUUCAGCCCUUUAUUCUUUUGAGCUUUUACUUGGCUGAAAUCUCCAUGGCUUUGGGGCAUUUACAUCAAAAAGGGAUCAUCUACAGAGACCUGAAGCCGGAGAACAUCAUGCUUAAUCACCAAGGUCACGUGAAACUAACAGACUUUGGACUAUGCAAAGAAUCUAUUCAUGAUGGAACAGUCACGCACACAUUUUGUGGAACAAUAGAAUACAUGGCCCCUGAAAUCUUAAUGAGAAGCGGCCACAACCGUGCUGUGGAUUGGUGGAGUUUGGGAGCAUUAAUGUAUGACAUGCUGACUGGAGCACCUCCAUUCACUGGGGAGAAUAGAAAGAAAACAAUUGACAAAAUCCUCAAAUGUAAACUUAAUUUGCCUCCCUACCUCACACAAGAAGCUCGAGAUCUGCUUAAAAAGCUGCUGAAAAGAAAUGCUGCUUCUCGUCUUGGAGCUGGCCCUGGGGAUGCUGGAGAAGUCCAAGCUCAUCCUUUUUUCAGACACAUUAACUGGGAAGAACUUCUGGCUCGGAAGGUGGAACCUCCCUUUAAGCCUCUGUUGCAAUCUGAAGAGGAUGUGAGUCAGUUUGAUUCAAAGUUUACACGUCAGACACCUGUUGACAGCCCUGAUGACUCCACUCUCAGUGAAAGUGCCAACCAGGUCUUUCUGGGUUUUACAUAUGUGGCUCCAUCUGUACUUGAAAGUGUGAAAGAAAAGUUUUCAUUUGAACCAAAAAUCCGAUCUCCUAGAAGAUUUAUUGGUAGUCCACGAACACCUGUCAGCCCAGUCAAAUUCUCUCCUGGGGAUUUCUGGGGACGAGGUGCUUCAGCCAGCACGGCAAAUCCUCAGACCCCUGUGGAAUACCCAAUGGAAACAAGUGGGAUAGAGCAGAUGGAUGUGACAGUGAGCGGGGAAGCAUCAGCGCCACUUCCAAUCCGACAACCCAACUCCGGGCCGUACAAAAAACAAGCUUUUCCUAUGAUCUCCAAACGGCCAGAGCACCUGCGGAUGAAUCUAUGAUGAAACAAUGCUUUUAUUAAUGCAAAAUCAAAAAGGAAACAAAUCCGGGAAGGGGAUGUGUGAGCAUCCUGCAAUAUAAAAACAAGAAUAAAAUGGCAGUCUCAAAGAGUCAGUGUCAUUACCUGGAAUGCUUUCGAUGGAGGAAAAAAUAAACAUGGAUUUUAAAAAAUCAAUCAAAAAUGGUGCAAAAAAAAAAAUAAACCCACAAAAAACUCAAGCAAAAUAGUAUUGUGGAAUCCACAGACACAUCAGCUGACUGGUUCCUAUCCUAGCAACAUCUCGGCGUUCGCAAGGGUUCUCAUGCUGAUGGCUGCAAACUGACAGUAUUAAGGGUAGGAUGUUGCUUCGGAAUCACCGUUGAAAUCUGAUGAUGUCAAAUAAGGGUUAUCCUAAUAGGCAAAGUUUGAGAUUGCCUGUAAUACUUGCAACUAAGGACAAAUUAGCAUGCAAGCUUUGUCAAACUUUUUCCAGCAACACAGAAUCAAAGACAAAAGAAACUUUAUCGAUUGAUGUUUUACGUGCAAACAACCUGAAUCUUUUUUUUAUAUAAAUAUAUAUUUUUCAAAUAGAUUUUUGAUUCAGCUCAUUAUGAAAAACAUCCCAAACUUUAAAAUGCGAAGUUAUUGGUUGGUGUGAAGAAAGCCAGCUUCUGUCUUCUCUUGAUGAAAUAAAAUGCAAAUGAUCAUUGUUAACCACAGCUGUGGCUUGUCUGAGGGCCUGGGGUGGACCUGGGGUGUUUUUUUAAUCUUUUUGUUUUAGUAACCUAGCUGCAAUACUUGUCUGUAAUACUAGGGGGGAAAAGUCUGUUUAAUCAUUUUUACUUGCAGUACUGCUGUGUGUUUGGCGUAACUGCAAGCCUUGGGACAGGCAGAAGUUGUAUGAUCUACAUUGCAUCCUUGUCCUGGGCCUGCACUACACUGGAAACAGUAUCACCACCUGUUCUUAUACCAGUAUUUGAGUCAAGCCUUGGUCGAGGAGGGACAGAAGAGAAUCAGGCUAAAGUGCAUAAAGAGGGCAGUAAGCGGGGGAGAUAGACCUGCAGGGGAGAGGGUGUUGCCACGGGCGUCUCUCUCGACUCUUUACAGCACAUUGGUGUGGUUCUAGGUUUACUUUGUACUGUUAUGCUGUUUACCUUCCUUAACAAUUUUCUUUUUUGAGAAUCUAAAAAAGAAAAAAAUGGUGUUUUUUUCCCCUCCUGCACUGGGGCUACAUUUUUCACUUAUAAAAAUAUUUGAUGGCCUUUUGAUGAAUGUCUUCCAUAACGAAUAAGAAAACCUAGUGGCUUAAUUUAGGAAACAUGUUAACAAGACACUGUUUUUGAAAUUGUAACAAAGUCAACAUAAGUGAUUUACAGGUACAAAGAAUAAAAAUAAAGGUAACUUUACCUUUCUUAAAUACUUCCUGCCUUAAGGAGCAUUUCCAUGACUAGCUGGUGAAAGGGUUUAAUAUCUGCAGAGCUUUAUAAAAUAUACUGCAGUGCAUACUGGUCUAGGUAGAUGGUCACACAGUGAGUCCUGUCACGCCACUCUGUUGGUCUUUUUUGUCUUGGUAAUAGUUGCAGCCCUUGGGUUUCUUUAUGCAGAUGCUCUUGCUGUGUUCCUCAAAGGAUCCAAGCCAUAAAAUUCUUUAUGCAUGUCACAGUCAGGAUUGACCCAGACCUUGCUUAUUCAAAUUGUAAUUGAAGUGAGAUGGGAAGAAAUGUUAACAGUGAGCAAAAAUAGAACCUUGAGAGGCUGGAGAGAUGACUCAGCAGUUAAGAACUCUGGCUACUUUUCCAGAGGUCCUGAGUUCAAUCCCAGCACCCACAUGAUAGCUUACAUCUAUAAACUGUAGUCUCGUUGGAUCAAAUGUUCUCUUACAUGCACAUGUGCAGACAAAACAUCCACAUACAUAAAAAUCUUAAAAAAAAAAAACAAAAAAAAAAAACCAGAGCCAUGGCAGAUGACUGGAAAUACUGCCCUUCAAUUGUGGCAGCAAACGUCCAUCUGGACAGAGAAUUUCUUUUUUUAUCAUUUAAAUGGUCAUUCCUGAUUCUCUUGACUGUAGCAGCAUUUUGAGAACUUCAUAAUUGUAGCAGUAAAUUAGGAGCUGCAGUAAUGAUUAAGAAUGUUCUUCAUUCUUUGAGAGUUUGUGGUAUCUUAAAAAAUAGAACCCCUCAAAAAACCUAUGGCAAUGCAUUAUAGGAAUCAUUUCAGACUGCAAAUGGCUUGUGCUACUCUGAUAUCUGUUUCUAAAUGUGUUUACUAACUAUAGCGUUGACUGCCUGGCCAAAUUCCAAUAAAACUUUUACACUAAAUGAUUCCUCCUUAGCCCUAGUUGCUAGUAAUAUGUGCACUGUGACCACCCCAUAAACUGUUAAUAAACUGUUCAUAGAAUUACUGCCAGCAAUAGUGGCAAAUAUCGCAACGUUUUUGUGUAGAACGCAUUAAUUGUACACCUUCUGUCGACUUCCAUCUACACAAAUAUAUAGCUUUUCUAUCACAACAUUAAGUGAAAUUGAUGCUGUGGCAAGUUUAUUGAGAAACUUUCAUAAAUGGAUAUCCCUACUAUGACUGUGAAAACAUGUCAGGUGUCACAUGAGUGUCACAGACAGAAAGCACAUGCCUAUGCAAUAUGGCCUACUCUGUAUUUAUUUGUAAAAACUGAAGCAUAAUUUAAAGUGUAUAUCAAUACUACUCUGAGUUUCUAAGAGAGGUGUUCAUGCUUGUACCAGGUAAGUGAAUAAAAAAAAAGAUUAAGUGCUUUUUCUUUCAUUACUUGAUUAUUUUCUUUAAAAUCAGCUAUUACAGGAUAUUUUUUUAUUUUCUACAUUCUGUUUUUUAAUUAAUAUGUACUCACUGAACUGAAAUUUACUAAAUUUGUUUUAUAAGGUUUGUAGUGUUACAGAAUAACUAAACUGGGAUUUAUAAACCAGCUGUGAUUAACAAUGUAUUAAUUAUUUGAACUUGAACCAGACCAUUAGGAAAAUUAUGUUAUUUGUUCCCCUUGUAUGCUCUUAACUUAAAGAAUUUUCCCACAUACCGUUUUUGAGAUAGUUUGAGAUUUGAGGAUAGGAUGCAUGUGAGAGACUCCAUAAAUUCAACAUUCUGUACUAUAGCUGACAACUAUAAACAAAAUGUAUCUUAGCAUUAAUAUCUUGAGCCUUGAACAUCAUAUUUAAUACAGGACCAUUUUAGAAAUAUUCAGUUAGUUGUAUAUUUCCUAGGUUACAAGGGCUAGAUCUAAGAUUAUUCUCAUGAGAAAUGUUGAAUUUAUGAGAAAUGGAUUUUGAGGCUUUGAAAAUGAAAAUGGCUAGUAUCUCAAAGAUGUCAGUAUCCAUACAUCUAUGGUUUCAUCCCAGGAGCAGACAUUAGCUAGCUGGACAAACAGUUGUGACAAUAUUUGUCACAUAGGGGCCUAUGGUUUGUUGCUCAACAAUAUAGUACUUUUCUCAUGUGACUCAACACUAUAGCACAAGUAUUAUUUCCCUGGAUUCUCUGAAGGAGCAUCUAAAAGACGGGUUUCUGACAGUGUUUGCUCUUUAAACUAUGUUUUCUCCUACCCCAAGUUGGCUUUGCAUCUAUUAAAUAAGUUCUUCAGCUGCCUUACUAGGAGUUCUACGAGGGCAACAUCUUUUCUGCAUUUCACCUUGUAUUUAGUUUACUGUGUUAAGAUAUUUGAUUUCAGAUUGAAUGAAUGUAAAUAGAAAUUAAAUGCAAAUUUGAAUGAACAUAAAA